GACAAAGGAGCAGACGGCAGUUUAAAUGCUAUAGAGACGUCAGUGUGUCUAAACAACACCUUUCUGUCUGUGCUGCUGUGUGUGAAUGAACGUGCUGAGGUCUGUGGUGCUGAACGGACAGCUCCUCCGCUCCUCCGCUCCUCCGCGCCCUGACGUCCGCAGAUAUGUUCACCAGGAUGUUAAAACUGAGACUCCUCAACGCUGUAGCACCUGCGUACUUCUUCACAGCUACAGCAAUCACCUUCAUUUUGCACUUCUGCUUCUUCGUCCCAACGAUAUUCCCAAACCCCGAGACAUCACCCUGGGGCUCCACAACUCUCCACACAGUUGUUUUCCUCUUCCUGAUGUUCAACGCGCUGGGGAACUACAUAAUGACUAUCAAAUAUCCCGCUGAAAGUGCCAACGAGACCGGGGUUCCCGUGUGCUCGCCGCACUGCUCGGACAAGGUGGACGCCCACUACCUCCUGAACGGACGCCACUUCUGCAAACUGUGUAAGAAAGUCAUUCUCAAGAGGGAUCACCACUGCUUUUUCACCGGGAACUGCAUUGGCAACAAAAACAUGCGCUACUUCAUCAUGUUCUGCAUCUACACGUCGUGCACAUGUUUGUACUCUCUGGUUCUCGGGGUGGCCUUCCUGACAGUGGAGUACUCCAUCUCCUUUGAGAACCCGUUGACCUUCCUGACUCUCCUCCUCCUCGCCACAGGCUACUUCUUCAUGGGAACCAUCUCAGGCAUGCAGCUGUUCGUGGUGCUGAUGCUGUACGUGUGGCUGGGCAUCGGCCUGGUCUGUGCAGGGUUCUGCUGCCAGCAGGUCCUGCUGGUGGCCCGGGGUCAGACCUGGUGUCAGAUGCAGAGAGGGCAGCUCGUGGAGAACCGCAGCCCCUGGAGAUCCAACCUAAAGGACGUUUUCGGUACCCACUGGAUCCUCGGCCUUAUCCUGCCUGUGCAGACAGUGGAGAUGUGCGCUGACGAAACAGACGCACAUAAACAAGACUGAGGGAUAACCACAUAUCAGAUCAACAGCUCACGAUAGGUCAUGCAAGCAGCACAAGUUGUAGGAUAAAAGCUUUUUCUUUGGAGCCAUGUGGUUAAGGUCAUUUUAAAUUCUACAUGGAUGCUUUAUGACUUUUUGAGUAGACAUUGAAAUAGUUAGCUUUUAGUAAACAUUCCUUUAAGGACAGGAGCCAUAUAAGCAACGUGAAACUGCAUAGGUGUAAACUUUACGUAGCUUUUUACAAGGCAAUAUUAAGAAACAUAAAUUGUUUUUGACCUAGAUCACUUUACAUGCACUACUACAUGCUUACAUAAGAUUAUAAAGAUGCUUUUGCACAGGUGCAUGAAUUCACUGCUUUGUAAAUUUGUAUUAUGCCUCUGAUCUGCCAAACAACAGCGCUUUGAGAUGAUCAAAGUGUGUUGCUCUUCCACAUUUCCUUGUAGGAUGCUACAAAGUGACUUUCAGGAAACACAUGGCUUUUACAAGAAUAAUUCACUUGACGUUAAGGGCUAGCAGACAGAGAAAAUGACAGUGGACAAAAUAAACUGCGAGGCCACUGCUCAGACAACUAACUGUUGUAUGUUGUUGAGCCUCAUGUUUUCUACUGAAAAGAAUGUGACUCGGUUUGAUGAGGGUACAGGGAUGUUCCCCUUUAUAUGGCCGGGGGAAAUGUGAAGAUGAUUACCAUAUUAUUAUCCAGGGUAUUAUUCACAAUGUGCCAUAAAAUCCCGUCUUACAUGCUUACCGAUGACCCCAAAGAUGAGUUAUUCACUGAACUGCUAUUGAUAGAGCCCUUGGUAGAGCAAUAGGUAAGGACUUGUCUGUUAUACUGCAGCUACAGCUAUGGGCAUAUUCAACAUUGUGUCAAGAGAUGUUUUGGAUUUCAAGAUGUAUACUUUCUAGAGCUAUUUUGUCUAUUCCUGUUAUACCAAUAAAAGUACUCAAAACACAACAA